CUCGGCUGCGAAUCUGGGCCGCGUCUAGUUGAAUGGCUUGAAUUGGGAAACUCGACCGUUCCAUGUUUUGGAUUUUUGUUAGCUGUUGUACUCCGUGGUUGCAUGGCAGAACCAACGCUGGGAGUAUAUCUAAAGAACCUUGUUGUGUUACUUAAGAGAAAGUUCUGUUCUUCGAGACGGCGUGGCCGCAACUGUCUCAAAAUUGGUGUAAUAUGCAUUAUACUUGUUGUGUUCCUUAACAUCAACCUCGUUACUCCAGGUCGUUACACUGGAAAUAAACCCUGGGGUCCACCUGCGAGAUGCAAGAAUUCCAAGGAAGAUAUAGACCGCCUAGUGCAGCUAACUUACAAGGUACAUACCAUUCUGGAACACAAAGGUAUCGAUUGCUGGUUGAUGUACGGUUCCAUAUGGGGGCCACUAAGAGGUAUAGAGGGUCCCCUCCCAUGGGACGAUGAUGUCGAUCUUGCAAUAAAUGGUGAAGGCCCAUUCAGUCAAAUAGCGUUUGAAGAAUUUCAAGCUUUGUUCACAGUGCUUGGACUGUCAGUUGAAAGCAGGUUAUGGCAGAGUUCAUUGAUGGUUAUAUCUGAAAAAGGCCAGAGCUGGCCCACGUUGGAUCUCUUUGUGUAUUAUGAUUAUAAUGGAAUAAUGGGUAGGCCUGGUGUAGAGUCAAAGUUGAUGCCAAUCAACUACAGACUGUAUCAUUCGUUUCCUUCGAGCUUGGUGCAGCCACCACUGCCCAAAGUGAAGUUCGGAUUUUUCAAUAUCUCUAUUCCGAGGAAUGGAAUCGAAAUCAUGAAACAUCUGUAUCCAUAUAACUGGUGGAAGGUGGUGAAGCCAGUGGGUUGUGAAAAUUAGUUAUGUAAUUUUUUAAAUUAUUUUAACACUGAUCAAACAGUGGCCACCGAAAAGCGAUUAGUAUUAAUUAUAGAACUUUGUGCUUCUCGAAAAAAAAAAAAAACACAGGUUGACAUCGUAAUUUACAGACUUAACACCGUAUUAUGCAAAAUUUAGUUUCCUAGCAUCGCUGCUUGAUGACCAUGUUUCACCGAGAAUAUUAGCGGCAGAGGUAAAAUCCCUCUCCAGGGGAGGGGUGGGGAAGCUUGAGGACUGGUGGGGUACCAUGGUCUCACAACGUUCGUGACGAGUGCUUUGACUUCUCAUUUAUCCACUUUUAAAAGGCACUUUUCGAGUUGCCUGUUGCCUCUGUGUCAAAACAUGUCUUCGUUUGAAAACAUUGAUAUGAAAAUGUGUUCCUCAUUUUCAGUAUGGACGGUUUUGCAGGAGGUCUCGUUUUGAAACAGAGGCACAAGGUAACUCGUCAACAGAAAUAUGAAGCAAUUACAUAACAGUGUCUCAAUGGGGUGGCGGCUUUUACGGCUGACGGUCAAUAUUUUGGCUUUUUUACGUCUGUUUUCCUUACGGUUAACAAAAAUCUUAGAAGUUAAUUACCAUUAUUUUAAAGGGUUAAAAAUUAACUUUCAUUGAUUACGAAAGUUAAAAAUUUAGGUAGAGAGUAUUGCAAAAGAUAUUUAAAGUCUUAGGCCCAUUCCGGGACGGAGAAAGGUAUUUUUAUAAGAAUUGUAGAUUGAUAUAGCUUACAAGCCACAAGACGGGUAAUAUAUUUUUUUACUGCUAA